AGGACUCGUUGCGCGGCCCGGGCCGGAAGUCGGCGAGUUCCCGGGUGUGUGUCUGUGUCUGUCUGUGUCUCGAAGCGGCACGCGGCCCGGGACAAACGCUGGGGAAUCCCACCUGAGGCGUCGCCGCUGUCACUACCAUCACCCACGGAGCCACUACUAGAGGGGAGUAGACCCGGCCCUUCGCCGGGCAGAGAAGAUGUUACCCCUGUCCAUCAAGGACGAUGAAUACAAACCACCCAAGUUCAAUCUGUUCGGCAAGAUUUCGGGCUGGUUUAGGUCUAUCCUGUCGGACAAGACGUCCCGGAACCUGUUUUUCUUCCUGUGCCUGAACCUUUCUUUCGCUUUUGUUGAACUACUCUACGGCAUCUGGAGCAACUGCUUAGGCUUGAUUUCCGACUCUUUUCACAUGUUUUUCGAUAGCACUGCCAUUUUGGCUGGAUUGGCAGCAUCUGUUAUUUCCAAAUGGAGAGAUAAUGAUGCUUUCUCUUAUGGGUAUGUUAGAGCGGAAGUUCUGGCUGGCUUUGUCAAUGGCCUGUUUUUGAUCUUCACUGCUUUUUUUAUUUUCUCAGAAGGAGUUGAGAGAGCAUUAGCCCCUCCAGAUGUACACCAUGAGAGACUGCUUCUUGUUUCAAUUCUUGGGUUUGUGGUAAACCUAAUAGGAAUAUUUGUUUUCAAGCAUGGAGGUCAUGGACAUUCUCAUGGCUCUGGCCAUGGACACAGUCAUUCCCUUUUUAAUGGUGUGCUGGAUCAGGCACAUGGCCAUGGAGAUCAUUGCCAUAGUCAUGAUUUGAAACAUGGUGCUUCACAUAGCCAUGAUCAUGCUCAUGGACAUGGACACUUUCAUUCUCAUGAUGGUCCCUCUUUAAAAGAAACAACAGGACCCAGCAGACAGAUUUUACAAGGUGUAUUUUUACACAUUCUGGCGGAUACACUUGGGAGUAUUGGUGUAAUUGCCUCUGCCAUCAUGAUGCAAAAUUUUGGUCUGAUGAUAGCAGAUCCUAUCUGUUCAAUCCUGAUAGCCAUGCUUAUAGUUGUAAGCGUUAUUCCUCUUUUAAGAGAAUCUGUUGGCAUAUUAAUGCAGAGAACCCCUCCAGUGUUGGAAAAUACUCUGCCUCAGUGCUAUCAGAGGGUGCAGCAGUUACAAGGAGUUUACAGUUUACAAGAACAGCACUUCUGGACCUUAUGUUCUGAUGUUUACGUUGGGACCUUGAAAUUAGUAGUAGCACCUGAUGCUGAUGCCAGGUGGAUUUUAAGCCAAACACAUAACAUUUUUACUCAGGCUGGAGUGAGACAGCUUUAUGUACAGAUUGACUUUGCAGCCAUGUAAUGAAUGAAAAGAAAUUGUCCUUUUUGGGGGACCCAAUAUUUCUGGUACUGUACAAUCCAAAACACUGUACCUAGCUUUUAAGACGGAAAUCGUCACUACAAAUCCCCAGCUCCAAGUACACCAGGUAGCGUCAGCCUUUUGUGCUCUGCCAGGACUUCACAGCUGAGGGAUCAGAGUUAAGAGGGUCCCUCCUAGACUGUUGGUCUUGUCUUUUGUGCUCUUCCCUCCAAACCAUUUUGAUUUCUGAGGUUUCUAGUUUUGUUCCAGGAUGUUAGUUUUUGUUUCCUUUCUUUUCUUUUUCCAUUUCAAAAAUGCCCUCACUCCCAGUUCUCCUCCUAGCCAGUAAGAAUUCGGACUAUGGGCCUCCAGGCAUCUGAAUGUCUUCGCUGAAGCUGAUGGAAGCCACUGCUUCCUUUCCACAAAACUAGUGUUACUAAAAAAAAAAGAAAAGAAAAGAAAAAAAAGAAAUCAUUUUAUAUGUAAUGUCACGAUUGUUGACGUUCUUCAGUAUAAUCAUAUGUUUGUAAAAUUGUUUGUACCUUGCAAACUUAUGAACCAAACCAUAUUGGGUUUUCAAAGUGCCUUUGUAUCAGAAAAUGUAUUUGCCAGCAUAAAAAUGUACCAUCAAAGGUCAUGCAUAUGUUUUUUAAUGGGUAAUUCUGUAAUCUGUACAAGGUGGAAGACUCUUGUUAGUGAUGUAUACAGAUUGUCUUUUUGUGUCUUUCCAGCAUAGGUUUAAAUAUAUGAAAAGUUUCCCCUUCUGCUUUACCUCAUCAAAAAACAGGUGUUAUUUUGCUUUUUAAAUCAAAUUCAGUUAUCACAUUGCAUUAUUCCAUGGACUGUAUUUUCAAAACUUUGCAAAGCAUUUGUUUUACAGACGGUUGUUUUGACUAACUUAAAACAUCUGCUAAAUCCCUAAUUUCUCUAAAAGCUACUUGUCUGUGAUAACCUUUGCUACGUCUCCUCGCUGUUGAUGGAUUUUCUUAAUGAAAGGAAAGGCAAUGUAGAGUGAAGGCAGAAAUGGUUGUGACAAUGUUAUUGUGUUUUUUCAUUCUUCAAAUGCUAAGUCAUACAAUUUGUUUUCUUGUGCAAGCCUUGCACAAAUACAGUUGCUUUCAGAAAUCCUAAAAGCAACAUUUUAUUGAGUUUGAACUAUUGCAGAUACAGAUCAGUUGUGAUAAAACAGGUGUCUUAGAAGUAAUAACUUGAUUUCUGGGUUUUGGUGUAUUUGAAAAAUAAAAUCGUGAUUUGAGAUGACAAGUGCUUGAACACUCAAAGAUUCUCUGUGGUUUAUGAAGAAAUAUUGAUCUGGAUAGACAUUUACCCAUUGUUCUUUGUUUUAUCAUAAGGUAUCUUCCCUUUUAACUUUAAAAAACUGAAUUCUUGGGGGAAAAAACCCUGCAGGAUGGGAAUACUUGUUUAGAAUGUAAACCAAUAAUAAGCACUUUUUCACUGAUGGGGCAGAAAUCGCUGUUAUUUUGUCUAAGUUAUAGAGUAUCUUUCUCCCUAUUUCUGAUCUAUAGUUUAUGAACUAUAGUAGGAAAACUGGACUACUUUAUGCUUUUCUAAACUGCUGCAGAUUGCUAUGAGUUGUUGACAGUCUCCGUUUUGCAGAUUAAGCAGUAUUUUCAAAGCAUUUCUACUUACUGCCAGACAGUUCUGAAGCUAAGAAUUCCUGCAACAGAAUAUGUUUGACGAAAACAACUGUUGAGAUGUUUAAGGAGGGAAAGUAUAAAAGGAAACGUCCUGAUAAUGUACUGCUUUUUCAUUAUAAGUCUAAGUAGUCAUUUGGAAGUUUUCAUCCACUACCAAGCCUGAUAGAAGCCUGGGGUGUUCUGCGGGUUUUGGCAUAUUGUGGAAAAUGUGAGUCUAGAUGAAGGCAGGAAUUUUGGUUGUGUGCCUUUAAAAACUAAUAUUAUAUGUAAUUGUACUGAUUGUUCACAUGUGGAGAUAAUAUUUGCACUGGCCUGUAAAACUGACCAGUGCAUUUGCAGAUGCGGUUCUGCCUUUCACCAAGCCCUCCACUCCAAGUGAAGUUUUGCAUCAUUUUAACUAUAUUCUCAAUACACAAGUGCAUGCGUAUGUCUUUUCUUUGAUAAGGCAUUGAGCAUACACAUUAUUAGACUGAUAUGGAACUCUAAUUUUGCACCUGUUACAAGAGGUUGCCAGCUUGUAUGAUUUAGCAGGUUGGCAUUUACAUUUAUGCUUUAAUUAAAUGUCCUUAAACCUGUGUGUGCAGUAAGGACAAAUUAGUGUGAAAAAAAAGCAACUUUGUUCUCACAAAUACUGUUAUAACAAAUACUCUGUCUCAUCUGUGUUUUUGGCACAGGUGUACUGCUAAAAUAGAUAAUUCCACUCAGAAACAUUACCUGAUUGUUGUUAAAGAUUUGAGAGGUCUUUAUUAUUGAGCUAAGUAAUUCUUGGGGCUCAAGGGAGGAGGAUGAAUCUCUGAGUAGAACUUUGCCAAUUUUUUAAAAACCAAAAUAUUCUCUGGAGAACAAAUUUGUUUUGCUCUGGGGCAGUUUACUUAGCAAGGUAAACUUCCCCAAACUGAAAUUACCUAUAUUAGUUUUGCGUUUUGAAAUCUAGAUUAUAUUACUCAAAGGGCUUACUGUGUGUGUUUUAUUUUGCUGACUCCCUGUGCACUUUUGUGAGGGGCAGUGUGUAAUCUGUAGCUCCGUAUUCUUCUCAUUGUUGCCAAGCUGUCUUGUGCAGAGGCAUAAAGAAGUAGUAGGUAGUGGCACUGGGAUUUACCUUGUAUCCAGAUGCUUCGGCAUUCUUCAAAGCCUACAUGUAUACGCCAGGAACCAAAAUACUGUGACUUGUGCACCUUUGUAAAGUAGCCCAGUCAGUGACUCCAAAUGUAGUUGAUGAGAGUUCUAUGAUGUUUUUACCUACUAUGGGAUAAUCAAUUUUGUAUAGAUUAUUAACAUUGUGGCAUGCUCCUACAAUGCUGGGAUUUAAGAACAAAAAGAUUUCAUUGCAUAACAGAAUUUUACAUCUAAGGGACUGUCCUUAAAAGCAGUCUCAUUCUACUUCUCAUUUUAGAGAUGAGAAAAUUGAAGCCCAGAAAUGCUGUCAUUUACUCAAGGUCACAGAGAGAAUUAGUGGCAAAGCCAAGACUAGAACCCAGGUCUUCUGACUCCAAGUCAAGUUCUUUCUACUCUGUUGUGCUGCCUCUCCAGUGUAAUAUUUGCCUUUCUGUAAAUGUGAUGAAAAAUCAUUUGUAAAUAAAGGGAAGCUGACCUCCA